AUGAUCUUCCACAGUCCUUCCCAUCCUCCUCCCCUCCCGGCACACCUCCUACUUCUUCGCAUCCUCCACCUCCUCCUCCUCCUCCUCCUCAUCCUCCUCUUCCUCAUCCUACUCCUCCUGCUCCUUGUCAUCCUUCGUCACAGCAGCUGCUGCAUAUAUUAUGUUUGUGGAUUCGUGAAACCGACCGGCGAAAUCCAAUCUACUUCCUGUGUCGAUCAGUGGCACCACCCAGAUCGACAAACAAACGUAAAUUCGAACGUCAAAACCGACGCUGUCCACCGCGCACUCCACAGCAGGCUGGAAGCAGGCACGCAGACUUGUGCACAGUUAACUUUUGUAGUGGCAGAAGACAUGCGCCGCAUCUCCCGCACGCGCUCCCCCUCCUCCUUCUCCUCGUCUUCUUCCUCCUCCUCCUCCUCCUCCUCCUCCUCCUCCUCCUCAUCCCCAGCCUCCUCCUAG